CUCCAAAUGUGCCGCUCUAUACUGAAACUGGAACUACAAACAAGGGUGGGGUGGUUCUAAAAACCUAUCGUUGUGCCAGAGGCUCCACAUCCCUGGAAUCAUUUCACUGCCACCUAAGCAGAUUUAUUCCAGGGAACAGCGCAAACAGCCUGAACUUCCAGAUUUAUCUCCUGGAAGGUUUAUUACGCUGGAAUCAGGACCGGGCUGAAGCUGCUGUUGCAGAUGGAGGUUCAACUCUGCGCUCUUACACAGGGGAGCUGGUUUCCUCUGUCAAUAAGAACUACAAUAAGUUGUAUGGCAGGAAAUUGGUCCCUAGCUUCACUCCACCUGCAGUAUACACAGGGGAGCUCAUUGGAGUACAGUACUUGUUGAGGCAGAAUAGUCAGCCCCUGGAGGACAUGUGCCCUACCUCUGAUAGGACCUCUCAAUUGCUGGAGGAGAUAGAUGUGGAGGAGCAAGUGGAAAAGGAUAAGGGCUUCAUUGAUUUCUUUGGAGAGGAAGCCACAGUGGCAAAUCUUGUGGCAUCAGAUGACUUAGUCCUUUCAGGUCCACCAGUUCUACCAGCUGCACCAGUGCCCAGUAUCCAGGCUCCUACAGCUGCACCACUGCCCAGUGUCCAGACUCCACCACUGCACAGUGUCCAGACUCCACCACUGCCCAGUGUCCAAACUCCACCACUGCACAGUGUCCAAACUCCACCACUGCACAGUGUCCAGACUCCACCACUGCACAGCAUCCAAACUCCAGUGUCCAGACUCCACCAUUCCCCAGUGUCCAGACUCCACCACUCCCCAGUGUCCAGACUCCACCACUGCCCAGUGUCCAAACUCCACCACUGCACAGUGUCCAGACUCCACCACUCCCCACUGUCCAGACUCUACCACUGCACAGUGUCCAAACUCCACCACUGCCCAGUGUCCAGACUCCACCACUCCCCAGUGUCCAGACUCCACCACUGCCCAGUGUCCAAACUCCACCACUGCACAGUGUCCAAACUCCACCACUGCACAGUGUCUAGACUCCACCACUCCCCACUGUCCAGACUCCACCACUGCACAGCAUCCAAACUCCAGUCUAAAAUUCCCAAGGUCGUUCCUCCCAUUAAGAAGUCAUCCCUACCGGUCCAGUCCACAUCAGUGGAAAGCCCCGACACCAAGGCUGAUCAUAUCAUCCCUCCUGAAUAUCGGGCGUUCCAGGAUGUGUUCAUCCAGUUCCUGGGAUACAUCAUCGACCCACAAGGCGUGAAAAUGGACCAGGGGAAGGUGGACGCCAUUACACACUGGCCUCAACCCGGUUCCAUUAAAGAACUCCAACGCUUCCUGGGCUUUGCCAACUUCUAUAGAAGAUCCAUCAAGGACUACAGUUUACUCCGCUCCCCUCUAACUUCUCUCCUCCGGAACUGGCCCAAAUCUCUGUCCUGGAACCCCGACGCCACAGAAGCCUUCCACCUACUCAAGCAGGCCUUCAAGACUGCUCCGAUCCUAGUCCACCCUGAUCCCAAGCAACAGUUCAUUGUGGAAAAAACCUUCAACACCCUGCUCCGCCGGGAGGUCCAGGAGGGAAACUCUUCGUCCCUCCUCAACAUCAGAUUACCCUCCUGGACUUAG